GUGAGGGGUUGAGGGGGGGAAAGAAUAUCAAAAGAAUCCUUGUAUUCCGUAAUAUUUGUUUUCUCCAUCGAUUACGUGCACGUGUUUACCACUAUUCCCCUCUUAUUACACACGCAUUACACACGCAUUACACACGCAUUACACACGCAUAUAAAGUGAAGGAAGCGUUUGGUUCUGUUAUGAAGAGAACCUUUCGAAAUCGCGCGUCUUUUCGAGCCGAGUUAUACCGUUAAGAGCACAGACAUCGGACGAAUUCACCGUUAACGUAAUAAGAAGUAAAGUGUAUCGUUGAGAAAGAAAGAGACAAAGAGAAUAUAUUAUGUAUGUAUGUGUGUAUAUGUAAACGAAGUACCUUGAAACUUACCAAAUAAUAAUAGCGAUUUUCUCUUGGACGAACUUCUUUCUCUCUCUUUCUCUCUUAGCAUAUACGUUAAAGUACAUUCCUAAGUACACCAUUCUUACACUCGCGUGCAUAAGAAGCCAAAAGAGAGAGAGAGAGAGAGAGAGGAGGGAGGGAGGAGGGUAUUCGUGGCCAUCGGCCAAAUAACCAACCAGUCUACUUCGAUCGAAAGCACCAAGAGAAAGGGAAAAAGAUAAACGAAGAAGCUUUCUUCUCCUUCUUCUCCUUCUUCUCCUUCAUCUCGUUAUCGUUACUAGACGAUAACACUAGGCGUCUUCACUUUCCCUACAAUCUUUUGCAGUUUAAGCAAAAUUCAACAAGUGUGGAAGAUCGUACGAUCAAACACGCGCUACUUGGUAUCUUACGUAAGGAAGAACAACGUCGUUCCACCGUGAUAACUUUGCCAGAGAGCCAGCCUCGUCAUACGAUUUCGUUUCUUUUCUUCAUGAGAGAAAGAAAGAAAAAGAGAAAAAGAGAAGCUCGCUGGACGAGUUUCCAGAACGCUCUGUGCAUAUUUAUUUUUUAUUUUCACUAACACUUUUAUAUUAGUGUGUGUGUGUGUGUGUGUUUUAAAUGUGAUUCAAUAAGAAAGAAAACAAAGUGCGGAUUAAUUGACAAUAAAUUGCUGCUCAAUUUGAGAAUAAAACUACAAGAGAAAGAGAAAUAUUAUUGUAAUCGUUUGAAUGACUUUUCUAUUUUGCGGAUUCGUCUUCUUCGAUUCGUCCGACGAGAAGACGAAACAAAUGCCUGUCGCCUCGGAGGAUUGGGUGGGCCACCCUCCGAAGAUUUCAAACCAAAUAUCAAGCUCAUUCGUAACAGUUAAGGGUGGCAGCAUUCAAAGUACAAUCAACAGUACCACCAACAACACCACCGCCACCAUCACCAACGCUACCGGAUGGAUGUCGCCUUAUAGCAGAACGCCUGAUCGAUCUUCUCCUACUAACAACAACAACAACAACAACAAUCAUAAUAAUAAUAAUAACAACAACAACAACAAUCAUAAUAAUAAUAACAACAACAACAACAACAACAACAACAACAGCAGCAGCGGCGUUGUUAUAUUGGAAGGAUGCAGACCACCUGCGGCUACCACUGCGAGAAGAUUCCUCAGGUGGUUCAGUAGACUUGGUCAACCACCGAUGGGAAAGUCAGGGGUUUUGGAGAUGGCUGCCACGGAGAGUACUAUUCGAUUUAGCGGACACACGUUGGACAAAGCUACCAAGGCUAAGGUAACGUUGGAGAAUUAUUACAGCAACUUAAUAGCCCAACACAUAGAAAGGAAACAGAGGCUAGCAAAGUUGGAGGAAUCUUUGAAGGAUGAGGGUCUCUCGGAACAGCAAAAGCAGGAGAAGAGAUUGCAACAUGCCCAGAAGGAAACGGAAUUCUUGCGGUUGAAGAGGUCCAGGCUUGGCGUCGAAGAUUUCGAACCACUCAAGGUCAUCGGAAGAGGGGCCUUUGGCGAGGUGAGACUCGUUCAAAAGAAAGAUACCGGUCACGUUUACGCGAUGAAAAUAUUAAGGAAAGCAGACAUGCUCGAAAAGGAGCAAGUGGCUCACGUAAGAGCUGAAAGGGAUGUUCUUGUUGAAGCUGAUCAUCAGUGGGUCGUCAAGAUGUAUUACAGUUUUCAGGAUCCCAUUAAUCUUUAUCUAAUAAUGGAGUUUUUACCGGGUGGCGACAUGAUGACGCUUCUCAUGAAGAAGGACACGCUAUCCGAAGAGUGUACGCAAUUUUAUAUUUCCGAAACGGCGUUAGCAAUCGACUCCAUACACAAAUUAGGUUUUAUUCAUAGAGAUAUUAAGCCAGACAACCUAUUGUUGGAUGCACGGGGCCACAUAAAGCUGUCUGAUUUUGGGCUGUGCACGGGAUUGAAGAAAUCUCACAGGACUGAUUUUUACCGUGACCUAAGUCAGGCUAAGCCUUCCGAUUUCAUGACGUCGUGUGGAAGUGGAAGCGGAGGGGCGAUGGACAGUAAAAGAAGGGCUGAAAGUUGGAAAAGAAAUAGAAGAGCUCUCGCUUAUAGCACAGUCGGAACACCCGAUUAUAUAGCACCCGAAGUAUUUCUACAAACUGGUUACGGUCCAGCUUGCGAUUGUUGGUCUC